CGAUUUCGCAGUAACGUCUACCUCACUCCCUUGCCCAGCAUGAAGGGCUUCACCAAGGCGGUCAAACGGACGCCUUUCAUGGUGACCAGCAAGGUUGGCAUGUCCAAAAAGUCCAACGAUCCUGAAUUCGAUGACUACCAACGCCAUUUUUCUGAAAUGGAAAAGGCCAGCGAGAAGUUCAUAAAGGAUGUCAAGUCUUUUCUUGACGCUGUCAAUGGUCUCUUUACCUGCGGUGCUGGCUAUGCGACACAUUUCUCGGUUGUGAUGCACCCCAUUUCUGGAGAGUACGAUCUUUUAGGCAAACAUCCAGAAGCUGGCCACACUAUUCGUAACGUCGACAAGUAUGAGACCGCGAUGGAAGAGCUGCGUGCCAGUGUCGGACCUGAGCUUGAGCUCAUCGAAAGCAGAAUAACGGCUCCGGCAAAGGAACUGCAGUCGAUAAUGAAGCUGAUCAGGAAGAGCAUCACGAAACGAGAUCAUAAGCUGAUGGACUACGACCGCUUCAACAAUUCUUUGACGAAAUUGCGCGACAAGAAGGAGAAAUCCCUGAGUGACGAGAAGAAUCUGUUUAAGUUGGAACAAGACUUUGAGAUGGCGACAAAUGAGUAUGAAUUUAUCAACAAUGCGUUGAAAACCGAUCUACCGCGUUUCAUGGCUCUCUCGACUCAAUUCAUUGAUCCUCUCUUCCAUUCAUUCUUCUACAUGCAACUUAACAUCUUCUACCUGAUUCUCGAAAAGAUGAACACCUUUGCAGAGACAGCUAAAUACGACAUUUCCAAUGUGCCUGGUCAGCAAAUCUCGGACGAAUAUGAACAGAAUCGAACAGACGCAUGGAGCCAGAUUGAAGAAUUGGGUAUCACGAAGAGGAUUAUCUCAGUCUCGAAACUCGUACAACAGAAUCGUGCAGCAGGGGGUGGUCCUCUGGCGCGUAACUCGUCAACCACGACUACUUCAUCUUAUGGUAGCACGAAGGCGCCUCCACAAUACACGGCUCCUCCCGUGUCGUCAUUCAAGAAAUCUCCUCCGCCUUCCCUUUCCGCUGCUGUUGUCGCCUCUCCCCCGCCACCUUAUUCCGUCGCUUCUGUGGCUGCUACAAAGCGUGCGCCUCCUCCACCACCUCCACUGAAGCCCAAGCCAGCUGCGAAACCGGCAGUGCAAUAUGUAGUUGCGUUGUACGAUUUCGCUGCGCAGGCUGAAGGUGACCUGUCGUUCAACGUUGGUGAUCGAAUAGAGAUCGUAGAACGGACGGGAAGUGCAGAGGAUUGGUGGACGGGGAGGUUGAAUGGGCAACAAGGGGUGUUUCCUGGUAACUACGUGCAAGAGACGUAGGUGAAGUGAGACGUACGCGCGCAGAGACCACGAGAAGCCGUAUUUAUUACUGUGUAGCUAUUACGAACAGGAACUGAAGUCAUACAGCUUUAUCGUCGUCGGAAGCUGUUGUAAUGCCGUGAGCGGAACUGUCUUGUGAGGUAUCGUCGUGGUCCGUAGCGGCACGAGAUGGGGAAGAAUCGGGAUGGCGAUGAGUCGUCGUGUCGAACUUUGGUGGAUUGGAGUCAUAACACUUUCCUUUGGGCCUUUCCGUCCUUCGGAAGUGCGAUAAGUAUUUGCCAUCAGAUGGUAAUCACGUCAAUUUAGCGGUUCAGAGGUGGCCUUGACGGCAGCGCUUCAUUAAAUCGAGUCAUUCCGCUCGGUGACUUUGAAAUUCCGCGGCACCAUGAAUCGCGUCGCGACACCUGGCGC